AUGCAGUCCCUGUGUGCGAUCCUUUCCGACACAGGCCAUACCCGUGAGGCCGACUCACUCACAGAAGUCCUGGCAUUAUGCCUCCUUGAGACGGAUUUUGGUGGACUUGGUCUGAACCUUGAGAUGGCGCUAACAGAAAAAGACGAGACUGAAAUUCUCUUUCUCGUUGGGGCCUGGAUGGAAUCUCUCAAUUCAGCAGACAGGUCUAAACUCUCCUGGCCGCAACUGUCAUCUCGGCCAGAGGGUAGAAGGGGAAUGACCUUGAGCGAGAAAAUAUUUGCCAGCCAUGACAUUGCACGAAGGGGGUUUGUGAAGCCUGGUGACUUAAUCAGAGUUGAUGUUGACUGGGUCAUGGCAUCUGAAGCGUCUUGGGCUGGUAUGGAGCGGACGUAUCAGAACCUUGGAAGCCCUGGAAUCUUUCGAAAUGAUCGGUUUUGGCUUGCUGGGGACCACGUGGUGGACCCGCGAGUCAAUGAGAUGCCCCAGGUCAAACACCUGAUUAACGCUAGUGAGAGAGCGAAGCAUGUUUUUAAAAUGACAGAUUAUCAAGGCAUGAAUUACACAAUCAUGCACACCGAAUUCUUCCGUGAGCGAGCCCAACCUGGCAUGCUGAUAAUUGGCUCUGAUUCCCAUACUUGCUCAUCCGGCGCACUUGGCUGUCUCGCCAUUGGAUUGGGAGCUGCCGAUGUGACCAUGCCUCUGGUGACCGGCGAGACUUGGUUCAAAGUUCCCGAAAGCGUGAACAUCCGUCUGAUCAACUCUCCGCCUAACGGAAUUGGAGGGAAGGACACCAUCCUUUACAUUUUAAAGGAGUUAAAGCGAAACACUGUCGCAGCUGAAAAAGUUGUGGAGUUCACUGGUCCAGGAGUUCAAAGCUUAUCUUGUGAUGCUCGAUUUGCGAUCGCCAACAUGACGACGGAGUUCGGUGGCAUUACAGGGAUUUUCGUUCCAGAUCAGGUCACUUCAGACUUUGUCAACCGACGGAAGUCUCCACGCCACAAAAAGGACUUAAAAUAUUACCACCCUGAUGAAGACGCAGUAUAUUCGGGAACUUACGAGAUUGACUUGGCCAAGGUCGAACCCUUUGUCGCUCUUUACCCUUGCCCAGAUGACGUUGUUCCAGUGAGCAAAAUCGCAGGAACACAGCUGGAUGGUUGCUUCAUCGGUGCAUGCACUACUACCGAGGAAGACCUUAUUCUAGGAGCAUUGAUACUGGAACAAGGCCUCAAAAAUGGUAUGAAGCCUACCAAGUCAGGGAAGCGUAAAGUCGUGCCAGGGAGUAUGCCUAUUCUCAACAAACUGCGAGAGACUGGUAUGCUCGAAAUAUAUGAGGCUGCGGGAUUUGAGAUCGGAAUACCUGGAUGUAGCUACUGUGUGGGCAUGUCCGCGGAUCGUGCUGGGCCAGGCGAGGUUUGGCUCUCCUCCCAAAAUCGAAACUUUGAGAAUCGAAUGGGAAAAGGAUCAUUUGGGAACCUAGCCUCAGCAAUCACGGUAGCAGCAUCGUCCUUUGAGAUGAAAGUCUUUGAUCCACGGCCACUUCUCAAGUCUAUCGAGCUCGACAGGCUUGAUAAGAUUAUUGGACAUGCAAAAAAGCCUCCUCGCGUUGGGGAGAGUAUGACUUAUAUUGAGCCUGGUGGUCCAUGCGUAUCUCUUACUGGUAAACAUGAGAUCAAACAGCAGACCAGUCAAAAUGCCGAAGGCAGAGCUUCCUUAGCCAAUUCGGAAAGAAAUAAAGUCAGAAGAGGAAAGAUCCAGCGGCUGGGAGACUUUAUUGACACUGAUGCUCUUGCCCCAGCGGAGUUCUUGGUUUCCUCCAGGACCUCCGAGGCCAUAGGAUCGCAUUGCCUUGAAUUCACUCACCCCGAGUUCCGGGCGAGAGCGAAAGAGGGAUAUAACAUUGUGGUUGCAGGUGAUGCCUUUGGCUGUGGUUCUUCAAGAGAGCAGGCAGUAUCAGCCCUCAUGGGCUGCGGAGUGAUCUGCGUGAUUGCCAAAUCUUUUGCUUUUAUUUACGCACGUAACCAGGCCAACUUGGGGCUCCUGGGGGUUACCAUAAAAGAUGAUUCGUUCUACGCUGUUGCUCUGGAUGGUACCGAGAUCACGAUAGAUCUUGGAUCGCGAGUCAUAUUUGUGGGACGAAACGAGUAUCCUUUUACGCUGAGUCAAAUGGAGGAAGAGCUCAUUUCAAGCGGCGGAAUCACAGCUGCUUUUCAACGUUUUGGGAAGAGUUUGUUUGAUGUUAUGUGCUCGGCAAAGCCUAGCCCGGAGCAUACAGCGAACCUGGAUCUUGAUGGGGAGGAGGCAAGGGCACCUCAAUCCUCGCUGCAAUGGUGA